UUGAUUUUGAUAUUUUGUCUAGUUACCCUAAGACUAGAAGGUUGUAUUCCUUAAUGUACCCUAAAUUCGUGAAGAACUUGGAACUUUAGAUAAAUAAGAAAGUAUAAAACUCUUUACAUUUUUAACAGGUUGGAGACAAAUUGCAAAGUUCUUCACUUAGUUUCAGACAUUUCAACAAAAUCCUAAUUCUGGUAUCACAGUGGCGGUGGGUGUAAGAAUGGGGAACAGACGCUUCACUCAGGUAGCAACCAGCGACGAGGAGGACGAAACGCCUCCGCCGAAGCAGCAAUCCACCGACAGUGCCUCCGAGAACCGGUUGAAGCAGCAGCGCAAGAGGAAGAGGAUGAAGCUCCAGGAAGAAGAGGAGGAAGAUGAUGAAGUGGAGAAGGAGAGCGAAAAGGAGGAAGAUAAGAACAAGAAGAGAAAGAUCAGAGACAAGCAGGACGGAAGAUCUAACGAAGAAGAGGAACCGCCGCAGGAAGACGCUAAACCCAUCGGUGAACCAAUUAGGGUUUCUGGAAAGGGGAGAGGCCGGAAAAAACAUUUUGAUUCUUUUGAGUACGACGGAAACCAAUACACGCUGGAAGAUCCUAUACUUCUCACACCUGAAGACAAAGACCAAAAGCCUUAUGUGGCAAUUAUUAAGGACAUUACGCAAUCCAUAAAUGGCAGCAUGAUGGUCACAGGCCAGUGGUUCUAUCGACCUGAGGAAGCUGAAAGGAAAGGUGGUGGCAGCUGGCAAUCACGUGAUACAAGGGAGCUGUUUUAUAGUUUCCACCGUGAUGAUGUACCUGCAGAAUCUGUUAUGCAUAAGUGUGUGGUGCAUUUUGUUCCCAUACACAAACAGCUUCCAAUUCGUAAGCUGCAUCCUGGGUUUAUUGUGCAAAAGGUGUAUGACACAGUAGAAAGGAAACUCUGGAAGCUAACUGAUAAGGACUAUGAGGACAAUAAACAGCAAGAAAUUGAUGAACUUGUUCAGAAAACUCUUCAACGUUUGGGUGAACUGCAUGAUAUCGAGCCUGAAGAACCUGUUGCUGAACAGGAAGAUCUGAUGAAAAAUAAAAGAAUCUCGAGGAAAAAGAGCAUUUCACCUCUCGAUGUUUCAAAAGAGGAGGAAACAUCUCGUAAGAGUGACCAAUCUCUGAAACCUGAAACACCGGGGAGUUGUGCAAAUAAUGCUUCAGAACAUUAUCGUAUACUAGUGGAUUUUAAUGCUCUAACUGGAGAUACUCAUCGUGACAAAUGUUUGGAGAAGUUGCUUCAAAGUGUUCAAUUCAUAUUUAACUCCGAUGACAGCGCAAAGAAGGAAGACAAAGUAAAUGACAAUUCUGAUGCAGUCAACAACGGGAACAAUGACAAAAGUUCAGAAGUAGCAAAUGAAUGUAAAGACAAGGCUCAACAGAGUUCCAAGUCUUUUAUCUGGCCAGAUGUUGCUGUUCCAGCUGUAGUUGCUCUAGAAAAAGCAUCGCAUGAUACCUUUUCAUCAGAUUAUCAGAAAUAUAAUCAAAAGCUACGGCAAUUAGUAUUUAAUCUCAAGGUUAGAAGCUUCUCUUCUGAUAUGGAUUUGCCAUUUUUUCAUGUAGAAAUUAGUGAUGUUCAUUACCCGUUGUUUUGUAUAAAUAUGGGAAGGGGUUACUGGUUGAGUGUGUAUGGAUUGGCAUGUGCUCAGCUGGGAGUUCUGUUCAUUGUGGAGUCUGUGAAUCAGUUUGAAAGUGGAUUUGGGAUCAUGGGGAGUAACCAGAGCAGCCAGAUUGAGAGGAAGUACAUGGAGGGUUUGACUGCUGAGGAAACAAACAAGAAAGAGCCUGAUGAGUCACAACAAAUGCAGAUGACGGGUGCUCGAUGCCGUAGAUGCAGUGAGUGUAAGGUGGGCUUGAGGGAUAUAAUCCACGCAGGCCAUGGUGAUCGAUAUCAGCUGGAAUGUAUUGCCUGUGGUCAUUCCUGGUUUGCCUCCCGUGAUGAAGUGUCUGACCUGACUUUAGAUGCAUCAGAUUCAAAAAGAAGUGUAGGUACAGCGCCAUGGGCCACUGCAAAAUUUGAAGAUGUUGAGAAGAAGCUGGUUAGUCCCCGUGAAUCUGAAAAGAAUGACAUAUUUAAGAAAACAAGUGAAGCAUAUAUGCCAGUUUUGGAUUCCCAGAAAUCGUUUGGCAAGUCUAGGAAAGAUGAAAACGUCCAAGCUUCAAAACAGGUUGACUAGUGACUAGGAAUGGUUAUUCUAUGCUAUAGCUAGUUUUAGUAUUUUUAUGGUACUGAUGGUAGCAAAAGAUUGUAUAUACUUCGCCUUAAAUAGAGCCAUUGGUUAUCUAAUAAAUAGAGCCAUUGUUUAUCUGUACAGCUUAAGUACAUGUAAAUGCUUAUGUAGAGUGCUACUAUAGCCAUUUAUCAUAGUUAUUGUCCUCGAACA